AUGCAAACCAGAUCUGACCCUGAACAGGUUGAAGGUAGAGGCGACGACGCCGCCCACUGCAAAGAUGGCGACGAGCACACCGUCGCGGGCUGGCUCACCGUGGCCGGCUCGUUUCUCGUCUACUUCGUGUCCUAUGGCUACAUGAAUAGCUUUGGGUACUUCCAGGACUACUACCUCGGCCAUAGUCUGGCUGGGUACCCGAGCUCGGUCAUCGCGAUCAUCGGGUCGCUCCAGCUUGGUCUUAUGAACCUCAUCCAGCCUGUCGCCGGUGGUCUCGCCGAUUCGUACAGCCCGAGCAUCCUCUACGCUGUCGCGGCUGUCGGGGCGAUUGUCUCCAGCGUCGGCGUCUCAUUCGCCCAGCCAGGCCACAUUUGGCAGUUCAUCCUCACUCAGGGCGUCAUCUUUGGAUCAACCGCCGUGUUUGGUACAGCGGUCUCCUUGCCUCUCGCUAGUCAGCACUUUACGAGAAGACGCGCAUUAGCCAUUGGUAUUGUCGCUAGCGGGAGCAGCGCGGGAGGAGUCUGCCUACCCAUUAUGUUCUCUCAUCUUGUGCCACGUAUCGGCUUCGGCUGGGCUUUGCGAAUUGCUGCGCUGAUUGCUCUAGUAUGCUACGGGAUCGCUAUUCUCAUCUCGCGGCCCAAGCUGCCACGCAAGCCUGUGAAAUCCAUCUGGUCUAUUGUGGAUUUCAAUGGCUUCCGCGACCCCCGAUACUCUAUCCUGGCGCUUGCUAAUGUGGUCGGUAACUUUGGGCUUUACGUACCGUUCUACUACUUAGAGCCGUACAUCGCGGUUCACAAUCCGGGAGCCGCGGUGAGGAACUACCUUCUCCCGCUUAUCAACGGAUCAAGCUUCUUCGGCCGAGUGAUCGGUGGAUACGUAGCCGAUCAUACUGGUGGAUUGAAUCUCCUCUAUCCACUGACGGCAAUUUCGGGCAUACUCUGCCUUACCUUAUGGCUUCUAUCCACCAGCGUCAGCAUGAUUGUAGCUUUUGCCUGUUUAUACGGCUUCUGCUCGGGAAUAUUUAUCAGCGUCACACCGUCCGUGACCGUCAGACUCUCUCCAACUGAUAAAGUCGGUGCCCGGCUGGGCGCAUUCUCCAUCUGGAGCACAAUCGGAGUCUUCACCGGCACGCCCAUAGGUGGCGCUUUCGUCCGACGAGGCACGCCGGAAGAGUAUCAGCACCUGAUCAUCUUCACCGGCAUGUGCCUCACGGCCUCUGCUGUCCUGCAGUUUGCGACGCGCAUCCUCUGUGAUAGAGAUCUACGCAAGAAGUGGUAA